GGCUGUCGUGGAGGAAGGAGGAGGGUCGCUUCCCGCUCGGUGGAAACGCGUUCUGGGGUUAGGUCCUACCGCGCGUCGAGUUCUGUGCGGCGGGUUGGGGAGACGUGCUCGGAUUGGGAAGGAGUGUCAGCACCUGAGAGGUGGAAGAGCCUUAGAGGAGCUAUUUUCCAGGUGGGGUCCCAGACCAAGACUCUGACAAGGAAACCGGCCAAGGUCGCGCAGCUGUACGGACGGACUGGGUGCGGUCCGAGCCUCCGACCUCAGCGAAACUCACUUCCCUUGCCCCUAGAGGCAGGAAGGGGCUCCGAGCUCUGGAAAGCCCUGGAAAGGAAAGGGAGGCCGAGAGGAGGGAUCGAGAGUCCCAGGGGUUGGGGGCUCCUCUAAUCCGUCACUCCUGUGCACUCCCCUGCUCACAAGCAAGUACCACCCACCCUCCUGUGCUCUUGUCUCUCAAGGGGCACAGGACCUUCCGUUAUGGUUUAAAAGCUUUAGAGAGACACCGCUAAUGAGAAUUGCUGACACUGAGCUCUGAGCACUAGGCCCUUUUCCACGAACUUUACAGGACAGCAGUACUGUGUUACAGAGGAGGAAACAUCUAAGUGACUUGUGUAGUCACCCAGCCCCUACCCCUCAGGUCUGUUCAGCAAUGCUGUGAACACCGCCCCAUUGUUUCUUCUUUAGGGGUGAAGAAACUGGCCGAGGUUAAGGGGUUUUAUUUGAAAGUUACCCAGACGCAAUUAUCACUAGAGUUGAUAAUCUAAAUGUGUAAAUUAAGCUUUAUUCACCCUCCCUCCUCCCAAUAUUUUCUGGGCAUUCAGAGAAUCCUUGCCCUCAAAAAAUCCGGUCAAGUAGGGCAGAAAGAAGAUGUGCUGUUGUCUAGAGACAGGAAUACACAAACCCAGUGGGGGAGCAGGGAGGAUCCAUGACUAAGCUUGCCUGGAAACAGUGGUUAGGAAAGCAAGGGUGAAGAGAACAGUUACCAUGAGUGGCAAAGACAAGGGAAUGCAGGGUGACUGGCUUACUAUUUCCUCCCUUCCUUCCACUUGUUAUUGUGCUACUAAGACGUGCCAACCCAGUCUUGGAGCUGGGUGUUCAACUGGGUGACGAUGGGUUUGGUUUUAUGUGAACCUAUAGAGCUUUACAACAUCUUGAAUCAGGUCACAAAACUAUCCAGAUUGACUGAACCUAACUAUCUCUGUUUAUUGGAUGUGCGUUCCAAACGGGAGUACGAUGAAAGCCAUGUGAUUACAGCCCUUCGAGUGAAGAAGAAGGCAAAUGAAUAUCUUAUCCCAGAGUCUGUGGAUCUGGAGUGUGUGAAGUACUGUGUAAUAUACGAUAACAACAGCAUCUCCCUGGAGAUAAUCCUAAAAGGUGAUGACAAUGACAACUCUGACGAUAGUGAAGAAGAACUGGUGUUUGGAGCUGCUGUUGAGUGUGGCAGAGCCAUGUCCCAUCUCACCCGCCACCCCAUUCAUAUCUUGAAAGGGGGCUAUGAGCGCUUCUCAGCUAUGUACCACUUCUUCCGGACACAGAAAAUCAUCUGGAUGCCACAGGAACUGGAUCAAUUUCAGCCAUACCCUAUUGAAAUAGUGCCAGGAAAGAUCUACCUGGGCGAUUUCAGGCAAGCCUGUGACCCUAAAAUUCAGAAGGAUUUGAAAAUCAAAGCACAUGUCAAUGUCUCUAUGGAGACAGGGCCAUUUUUUGUAGGCAACACUGACAAACUUCUGCACAUCCAAAUAGAAGACUCCCCGGAAGCCAACAUUUUCCCAUUCUUACGCCACCUCUGUCACUUCAUUGAGGUCCACCUCAAGCUUGGCUCUGUUGUCCUGGUCUUUUCCACCCUGGGCAUCAGUCGCAGCUGUGCAGCCAUCUUGGCCUACCUCAUGCACUGGCAAGAGCAGACCUUGAAGAGGUCCUGGGCCUAUGUCAAGAAGUGUAAAACCAACAUGCGUCCAAAUCGGGGUUUGGUGGCUCAGCUGUCAGAGUGGGAGAAGAUUGUACUUGGAGACACUGUCACAGACAUCGCGGAUCCACUCUACUGAUCUCAGUGGCACAGCUAUGGGUCCUGAAGCAACUUGCUUGGGAACUUGUGGGUAGUGAGUCAGGGUGUGUCACCAGGUUUGUGUGGAAGAAGGCCUUUACUAUCUAGA